GGCCUGGGUCAGACGCCCCGCAUAACCACGCUUAUAAAGCCGAAUCCUCAAACCCCAGUCGCUAGGGCUUUCAUUUUGGAACGAGGAGCCGUCAGUGCUGCUGCAACGCUUGGCGACACACUUAGCGAUGGCGAGGAUCAAGGUUCAUGAGCUCAGGCAGAAAACGAGGGCCGAAUUGCAGAACCAGCUUAAGGACCUGAAAGCUGAGCUUGCUUUGCUCCGUGUCGCUAAAGUCACUGGUGGUGCUCCCAACAAGCUCUCCAAGAUAAAGGUAGUGAGGUUGUCCAUUGCCCAAGUGUUGACGGUGAUUUCUCAGACGCAGAAGGCUGCACUGAGGGAAGCCUAUAAAAACAAGAAGUACAUGCCUCUUGAUCUGCGCCCAAAGAAGACCAGGGCUAUUCGCAGACGGCUUACCAAGCACCAGGUAAUAACUUUUCUUGGUGGCCUUGACUCAUAAU